GGGAAAUACACACAGAGAGACAGAGAGAGAGAGGCCUCACUACCAAUGAGAGUGCUGAGUCAAGUGCUUGAAUAACCUGCUUGCAUCAGCAGAUAUACUGAUCACUAUGGGGGCUACACAAUAAACACACAUACACACUGACACACAUACACAUAAAGUGAGAGAGACAAACAGAGAGUUAGAGAUAUAUGCCUUCAGACACAGAUCCGAAAGAAGACAGUGAGUGAGGGUGGUGGAGUGACAGACUCGUCUCUGUUUUGUCAUACCUCAUUUCUCAUCCUAUCAUCUUUCAGUCUGGUUACAUCUGGAGUUAGUAAAGGCUUCUGGGAUUCUAUUCCAGACUAAUCCUGCUUAAGAGAAAUAGCCUAUAGUUAUUAUUAUUCUACUAUUCCCAAUAUUCAUGACUGUGACUAUUUAUUAUCAGGGCCUGAAAAGCCAGUCCACAUCAUGUCACUUCCCACUGGGCACACACUGGUUGGAUCAACGUUGUUUUCAAGUCAUUUCAAUGAAAUUACGUUGAACCAAUGUGGAAUAGACAUUGAAUUGACGUCUGUGCCCAGUGGGUUAUUUGUCACAUUCAUCCCCUUACUUCAUCUUCUAUUAUUAUCAGAUGAUAAGUACAAUGCAAAUAAAUGGAUACUCCUGAUAGUUCCUCUUUUCUGUUCAAGCUGCAUUCUGCAGUGACACAGGGUUCGAUAGGCUUAGGGCUGAUUUCUGCAACCUCUCCUUCAUGCUGAACAAAGCAUUACUUACCACUGCAGGGAACCUAUCAGGACGACAAAGCAGAAUUCACUACUCUUGACCAAAACAUUAAUAAGGAAGACUAUUACAUAUGGAUUAGGUUCAAUCUGUUUCUGUGUGCAUGAAAACUCAAUUCCCACCAGAGAUGUGUGAGCUGUUGGAAUGAAUGUGUAUAAGAUUUAGUAGGUCUACUUGUCAAGUCAAAUAUAUAUUCAUGUGUAGUUCUGAGACACUUCUUGGAGUUUGAGCCUUUGACCUUUGAUAAAACAUUUAUUACACAAAGCCAUAGCUCACUCGCUAUUUGAACUUGGAGUUUGUAAAUUCAGAGCUUAUUUAAAAAUAGCUUAUUUAUCUAAAGUUAUCAUUCACUUCAUCAUUUGUUGAGGAACACCCACAGAGAGACUUCUUGCGUCUGGUUUGAAAAGGGCAUUGCUUUACCGCAGAAAUUUCAACCCAACAGUAAAUACAGGAAGUAUCCUCCGACCCACUCCUUGCUCAACAAGUUGACCGUUUUACAGCUGUGUUAUUUCAGAUGUCAUACGACAGAAAGACUCAGGUUCAACCAUGUCCUUAAUUUUGGAAUCACACAAAAUGAAGCUCUACAGAGUCAAUGUCCUUCAUGUCCAUCCGUCAGUCAAACAGUGAGCUCUGACCUGCACUUUAUUGUCCAACUCUAAUAUGGACUCACACGAUAUCAAAAAGGUGGUCAGUCGAGGCACUGCCUCUCCUCUACGGAAGGCAAACAAUGUGAGCUGGUAUGUGGACACUGUCCCCACAUCCCCCUAUCUAAGUCCACCACACGGACACUGCACUGACACAGAAAGCAGCGGGGAAGAAAAGAGCACAGGGCAGUUCUCUCAUGAUGAUGAUGAUGAUGAAGGACACGUUAAGAGUAAUGAAGCACCCGGGAGUUACUUAAACAGGGAGGACCCCUCUCUGCUGACCCCAGGUGAUGACCAAUAUCACCUGCCCAGAAGUAGCCCCGUUAUCUCCCACAGGAGGAAGUCCUUAACAUGGCAUGGAGAUACAGGGCUGUCUCUGUCUGCAUUGCCCCCUACUACUGUGGCCCCUCUGGGUCUUAGGAGUGACCCCCCAUCAACAUCUGACCGAUAUCAUCUUCAUCUUACUGAGCCCCCACUGGCAGCAGAGAGGUCAACUGGUACUGUAAAGGCAGAGUCUACCCCCUGUCCCUGUUCUACUAUAUCUCAGUCACAUACGCCACGCUGUGUCUCCAUCUCUGCCCACCUGAACCGCCUGCUUACCAGCGGGCUCCAUCUGCCCUUCAGGGGCUCCCAAGGGCCAGGGCUGGACCAGGAGGAGGGUCCCCGACUACGCUCAACCUCUGAUGCCCAUCCACAAUUAGUGCCUAUUAAGGAUAAAAGACAAAGUGAUAUUACACACUGCUCUGCAGACAUUAUCAAGACUGGCUGUGACCUGGACAAGGAGAAUGCUCAUUUCAUAGUGGUGGACAUGGUGCUGGAGGCCUUGGAGGGGGUGAAGUGGGCUGUGAGUCUGAGUCAGAAGAGCUGUGGGGCUAUGGGGAACCAUACAGAGGCCUCAGAGGACUCCGGGGCCCAAAUCGGCAUCCACCCCUCAAAGACACACUCUCUUGUUUCCACUGACAGUGGAUAUGAAGGUUGUGGCGCAAACAAUAGACCAAUAACCAGAGGUGCUAAUAUGUCCUUUAAAAGUUCCCUGGGCUUUCCCAUAAUGCGCUGCUCUGCUGAGGGCCUAGCCCAGCAGCUGGUGUGUGACUUCAGGAAGCAGUGGUUUCCCACACAGGAGCUGAAACGCGGCCGUCAGAGCAUCAGAACCUCGCUGCAGGAACUUCCUGGAGGGGUUUGUAUGGUGAGUGAUGCCCGUCUUAGUCUGAGUGAGGAGAUCAGACAGAGAACCAGGAUGAGGGGAACUCUGAACUGGGCCCCGCCCCGGUUCCAGAUCAUCUUCAGCGUCCACCCCACCCCGAGGCGCAGUGAGGUUGUUGCCUCCCAGCACUUCCUCUGUGCAGGCUGUGGAACUGAAAUAGAACCCAGAUACAUCAAGAAGCUGCGCUACUGUGAAUACCUGAGCAAGUACUUCUGUGACUGUUGCCAAGGCGGUGCUGAGUCUGUGAUCCCAGGCCGGGUGCUGACCCAGUGGGACUUUGGAAGGUACCCAGUCAGUGAUUUUUCCAAGCAGCUGCUGGACUCUGUGUGGCACCAGCCUCUCUUCGACCUUACCUGUGUUGGCAAGACCCUUUACAGCAGGGUGCGAGAACUGGACAGGUUCAUGGACCUGCAAGAGCAACUAGUAGGCAUUAAAAGACUGCUGAAAGCAUGCAGAUUAUCUGAGGGGGUUCUGAAGGAGUUUGAGCAGCUUCCUGAUCACCUGACACAAGAGCCACACCUGUUCUCCAUGGAUGACCUCCUGAGGGUAAAACGGGGUCAGCUGGUGCCGCUGGCCAGGGCCGUGCUCCGGGUGGCCAUCGCCCACGUGGAGAGCUGUCAGGUAUGCCUGGCUAGAGGCUUCAUCUGUGAGUUCUGCAAGCAGAAGGAUGUGUUAUUUCCCUUCCAGAGUGAGACCUGCACACGCUGUCAAGUGUGCAAGGCCUGUUUCCACAAAGACUGCUUCAGAGAUGAGGAGUGCCCUAAAUGUGCACGGAUCCAAUGUCGAAAAAAGCUGAUGGACACGUUCUGCCUCUAGAGUACAUGUUCGAAGUGUGGGAAAAUAUCCUCACAUUCUUACAUGUGUUUGUCUUUUGAAUCUGAAUACAGAGUAUUCCAAAUAAUAAAAUGCUGUGCAUUAAAAUGUAA